GAUCGCGCCGCCGCUCGCCUGAACCCGCCGCCGCUCGCUGCACCCCAGUGCACUCACCACGCACGCCGGAAGUUCCCUUACCAGACCGGGCGAUGGCGGCGGCGGCGGCGGAGUUUAUGGAGCUCGCGCUCGAGCAGGCCAAGUUUGCGUUGGACAACCUUGAGGUCCCUGUAGGAUGUGUGAUUGUGGAGGAUGGGAAGGUGAUUUCAUCCGGUAGCAACAAGACAAAUGCCACCCGGAAUGCUACAAGGCAUGCUGAGAUGGAAGCAAUUGAUAUCCUGCUUAGGGAGUGGCAGGGCAUGGGACUUGAUCAGCCACAGGUCGCGGAGAAGUUUGCAAGAUGCGACCUUUAUGUCACAUGUGAGCCUUGCAUAAUGUGCGCAAUGGCGUUGUCGAUACUUGGAAUAAGGGAGGUGUACUUUGGUUGUGCUAACGAUAAAUUUGGAGGAUGUGGAUCAAUCAUGUCAUUGCAUCAGAGUUCUUCUGCUGAACUGUCAGGGGAGGAAAUUCCCGGGCCAAAAGGUUACAAAUGUACUGGUGGGAUCAUGGCGGAGGAGGCAGUGGCUCUUUUUAGAAAUUUCUACGAGCAAGGGAAUCCAAAUGAUGAACGUGCAGGAAAGGUAUUGGAUCAACCCCGAUAAGAUGGUACUGGAGAUCCUGCAUGCUGAAUCCAGGUCCAAGCAGGAAAUGGCUCUGCUGCUUUGCCAAAACUUCAUCACUAUUUAAGCUCUCCACUCUAGAUGUUCAGGGUUCUGCAGAUAUCUAGGCUGGAAAGCGAAGAAUAUAUAGUACAAUCCUAACAUGCUACAUUGUGUUAAAAACAAGAACUACAUCUGUAGAAUUGAAUUGUAUAGCAGAAUUUACAUAAAUUAUCAUCUUAGUUCAAACUAAAUAUUAAUACGAAGGGAUAUCGUCCAAACUUAUAAAAUGUUCAUUAUAGUAACGCCUGAUUUUCAGUACGACUUGCCUGAACCUCACACUAACUGAUCAAAAUGUGCAUUCAUGACUAAACAAAGAAGAGGCUGCUCUCUGUUGCUCAGUCAUUCAACAAAGAGGUCGGCUGAUCAAGAGUUGUCUUAUUGCAACCAGCCAAUCUUAUAGAUAUUCUCUUAUCGUUUUAUGCAUAUGUAUGGCACAAAGUUAUUUAGUGAGGUGAAGUCUGAUCCUAAAAAUUGGGGUAGAUAGUUUUUAGAUGAGUUGAUGUCACUAUAUCAUAUAAUUUGAAACCAUAAUUGAAUGUAAUAUUUUAAUCCGUAAUUGUCCCUGUAUGCUCUUUUUGUUUGAUAAUUUGAGAAGUCAGAUUCCUUGGGUGUGCGCAAACGCGCCUCAUAAUCUAAUGUUGAGCAGUAUUCAUGUUAAUCAAUAUAUAAUAGGCUGCUUGGGCUCAUAUGUUCACACUUUUGGCUAGCAGCUACAAGGUUGCUUCUAUCACUUUGUCCGCUGUGGAUAAUAUCACGAGUAAAGCAGCACCAUCAAUGCCCAGUACAAGCCUACAAGGUAAUUUUAUCGUCAAUACAAGUGUCAGAAACCAUAUAAUGCUCACCAAUUUGUGGUUUAUCCUUUUAGACAAACUGACGUUUUGGUUUCUUACCGCAUAAAUGGAGCAGACCAAUGUCCUCUGCAAAUUUUAUUCACAAUCUGCCUAUUCUAUAUAAUUCUAUAUCCACUGUUCAUUCAUUCUUCUUACUGCACAAUAAUCAUUUUGUACAAAUAAAUAUGUAGUAGCUUUUUGAUGUUCCUGCAAUAUUUGAAUAGAUGAGUGUAAAGGAAUAUGUUU